AUGGCGACCAAGAAGAGCUCGGGAAACAACGGUGCCAAGGUCGCGACGGCCAAGACAGGUGGUUCCACCGGCAAGUCUGGGUCGGGCACAUCGGGAGGCACAAAGGUGGGCGUCAAAGGACCCAGUCGGACUACAAAGAGCGUGGUCGGCACCAAGACUGUGAAAGCUUGUUUCGAUGCCGAUGGGUUCCAAGUUGCGUGCAAGAAGGUCGCGAGUAAAAAGACGGGCAUCAUUGUCGGAUGUGUCAUUGCUGCCAUGGUCGUUCUUGUCUUGGCAAUCGUCCUGUGGAAGAAACUCAAGGACAAGCGAAAGGCCGGAAAAGGCGAUGAGGAGGUGGCCGAGGCAGAGGCAGAGGCAGACACAGAAGACAAGGCCAACGACGGUUCACGCUCAACGUCGCCUGUUGGGCCCGAUAGCGCCGCACCAGGACCCGACUACCAGCCCUCACCAAACCCGGGGUACGUGCCGCCCACGGCGUCGUACAUGCCUGCGACCGGAGCGUACCUGCCUGCACCAGGGACGUUUGAGGCCCAUCCCACCCAGAACUCGCAUAACGAGGUCCCGCAAACACGCGAGAUGGCCAACACCGACUACCAGCCGCCUGCGAGCGAGUCCCAGUCCAACACACCACAGAGCAGCGAGCCAAACGGGUUCCAGGCCCAACCAGUGAUUCAAGGAUACCAACCCAACACCGAGGACAAGACAGUCCAAGCUCCAACGACCGACGCCUACCAGCCGAACACAGUCUAUCCCAGCGGAUUCCAGCCCAACGCGCCAGCAGCAGCGAGCUCCGAGCCGAUACCAAACGACAUUCAGCCUUCCGCCGCUCGCCUCUCAUAG